UUUCACCCUUAAUGUUUUUCUGAAAACUUCACUCAGCUUUUUCCCUUGCACCAGCCUGGACUAAUGGAUUACCACCUGCUUGGAUUAAUUUUAUCUUUUCUCUUCAGUGGCACAAAGGUCUUAGCCGGUUACCCAAUUUGGUGGUCCCUUGCUUUAGGCCAGCAGUACACCUCCCUGGGAUCCCAGCCGAUCCUGUGCGGCUCCAUCCCAGGUCUGGUCCCCAAGCAGCUCCGCUUCUGCCGGAACUACAUCGAGAUCAUGCCCAGCGUGGCUGAGGGGGUGAAGCUGGGCAUCCAGGAAUGUCAGCACCAAUUCCGGGGCCGGCGCUGGAACUGCACCACCAUUGAUGACAGCUUGGCCAUCUUUGGGCCAGUUCUGGAUAAAGCCACACGAGAAUCUGCCUUUGUCCAUGCCAUUGCUUCAGCUGGUGUGGCCUUUGCUGUCACCCGCUCCUGUGCUGAGGGCACCUCCACCAUCUGCGGGUGCGACUCACACCACAAGGGACCUCCGGGUGAAGGCUGGAAAUGGGGUGGUUGCAGUGAAGAUGCUGACUUCGGCGUGCUGGUCUCCCGGGAGUUUGCAGAUGCCCGAGAGAACCGUCCAGAUGCCCGAUCUGCCAUGAACAGACACAACAAUGAAGCGGGCAGAACGACUAUCCUGGAUCACAUGCACCUAAAGUGCAAGUGUCAUGGCCUCUCAGGAAGCUGUGAGGUUAAGACCUGCUGGUGGGCACAGCCAGAUUUUCGGGCUAUUGGUGACUACCUGAAGGAUAAGUACGACAGUGCCUCAGAGAUGGUGGUGGAGAAACACCGGGAGUCCCGGGGCUGGGUGGAAACGCUGCGUGCCAAGUAUGCCCUUUUCAAGCCUCCAACAGAGCGGGACCUGGUUUACUAUGAGAACUCCCCCAACUUUUGUGAGCCCAACCCAGAGACUGGCUCGUUUGGGACACGGGACAGAACAUGCAAUGUCACUUCUCAUGGGAUCGAUGGCUGUGACUUGCUGUGCUGUGGACGUGGUCACAACACCAGGACUGAGAAGCGGAAAGAGAAGUGCCACUGCAUCUUCCACUGGUGCUGCUAUGUGAGCUGCCAGGAAUGCAUCCGGGUCUAUGAUGUUCAUACCUGCAAGUAA